GCCGGCGACAGUCGCGCGCCGGCCGCUGUCUCGAUAAGGUGUUUGUGUUUGCGUCGUCGCGAUGAAAAUUCGGCCGCCAUAGAGGUUAUGUUUACGCGUGCCGCGAGAAUCAAAGCGAUCACGCAUGCCCUUCUGCGUCCACCUUUUUCGAAAUCGUGCACGAGUCGUCAUCCGUCUAUCGACAAAUCCAGCGAUUUCCGUCGACCUGUUUGUCAGAUCGUAAAUCAACUUGGCGACACUUGACGUCCUCGGGAUAGUACGCUUGGUAAAUGCAGAGUGUCGUGGCAUGCCGACGUGAUUCGCGCGGUGGUGUUCGGUGGUAAAGGGCCAACAAGAGGCCGCAAAGGUGGGCUUUCGAGAUGAGCUAUGAAUUUGGGCUACUUGCUAGCCACUGUCUUUGUGCUUCGGCUGUUUCAACUGUCUUUCGACGUCGCGGCGCUACCCUCGGUCGUCAAGAUCGGUGCCAUAUUCACUCAUGACCAAAAGGAUAGCAGUACAGAGGUAGCCUUCAAGUAUGCCGUGUACAAAAUCAACAAAGACAGGAUCCUGCCGAGAACCACGCUGGAAUACGAUAUACAGUACGUGCCGAAAGAUGACUCGUUUCACGCUUCGAAAAAGGCCUGUCAACAAGUCAAAUACGGAGUUCAAGCGGUAUUCGGUCCGUCUGACCCGAUUCUGGGCCAACACAUUCACAGCAUUUGCGACGCACUGGACAUUCCACAUCUGGAGGCCAGGCUGGACCUGGACACAGAGGCGAAGGAGUUCAGCAUCAAUCUUUAUCCCGCACAAACUUUACUCAAUGCCGCUUAUCAGGACAUCAUGGAGUUCCUUAAUUGGACCAAAGUCGCCAUUAUCUACGAAGACGACUACGGAUUGGUGAAGCUACGAGAACUCGUCAGGUCGCCGAAGUCUCGGGAGAUGGAGGUUAACCUCAGGCAGGCCGACCCGGAUUCCUACAGGCAGGUUCUAUCCGAGAUGAAAAGCAAGGAAAUACGAAAUCUCGUCGUGGAUACCAAACCAGAGCACAUGCAUCAUUUUCUACGGAUGAUCUUGCAGCUGCAAAUGAACGACUACAAGUACCACUAUCUCUUCACGACUUUCGAUAUCGAGACCUUCGAUCUCGAGGACUUCAAGUACAAUUUCGUCAAUAUCACUGCCUUUCGUCUGGUCGACGCCGAGGACGUGGCUGUACGCGGAAUAUUGAGGGACAUGGAACGAUAUCAGCCAUCCGGGAAUACGAUCCUCAACAAAUCGAAAGUUAUACAGGCAGAGCCAGCCUUAAUGUACGACAGCGUGCAAGUGUUUGCGGAGGGAUUAAGAACCCUGGAACAGUCCCACGCGUUAAGACCCGCUAAUAUUUCCUGCGAACUGGAACACCCUUGGGACGGAGGCUUGUCUCUUAUUAACUACAUAAACUCGGUGGUGAUGAAAGGUAUCUCGGGACCCAUCGAGUUUAAGGAAGGUCGCAGGAUACAGUUCAAGCUGGAUCUGCUGAAACUGAAACAGCAUUCGCUCGUUAAGGUCGGCGAGUGGCGUCCUGGCGCCGGCGUCAACGUGACGGACACCGCGGCCUUCUUCGAACCAGGAUCCGCGAACGUCACGCUGCUCGUCAUCACGAUACUGGAAAUUCCAUACGUGAUGAUGCACUAUGAAAAAAACUACACGGGGAACGCGCGGUUUUACGGUUUUUGCGUGGACCUUCUGGAGGCGGUGGCAAGGGAGGUCGGAUUCACUUACCGAUUGGAGCUGGUGCCGGACAGGAAGUACGGUGCAAAAGACCCGGAAACCGGGGAGUGGAAUGGCAUCGUUCGAGAACUCAUGCGACAUAAAGCAGACUUGGCGGUCGGCUCGAUGACUAUUAAUUACGCUCGCGAAAGCGUGAUCGACUUUACUAAGCCGUUCAUGAAUCUUGGUAUUUCCAUCCUUUUCAAGGUACCGACUAGCCAUCCAGCUCGCCUAUUCUCUUUCAUGAACCCGCUAGCCAUCGAGAUUUGGCUGUACGUUCUGGCGGCGUAUGUUCUCGUCUCGGUGACGAUGUUCGUGGUCGCGAGGUUCAGCCCGUACGAGUGGAACAACCCUCAUCCUUGCCACGCGGACUCGGAAGUUGUCGAGAAUCAGUUCUCGUUGGCAAACAGCUUCUGGUUCACGAUCGGAACACUGAUGCAACAAGGCAGCGAUCUGAAUCCCAAGGCAACGAGUACUCGAAUCGUGGGCGGUAUUUGGUGGUUCUUCACCCUGAUAAUCAUCUCGUCGUAUACCGCAAACUUGGCUGCCUUCCUGACCGUGGAACGAAUGAUAACGCCGAUCGAGAACGCGGAAGAUCUUGCCGGCCAAACGGACAUCGCAUACGGGACCCUGGAUAGCGGAAGCACCAUGACCUUUUUCAGGGAUUCCAUGAUCGAGACAUACAAGAAAAUGUGGCGAUUCAUGGAGAAUAAAAAACCAUCGGUGUUCGUGCCCACCUACGAGGAAGGAAUUCAAAGGGUUCUUCAAGGCGACUACGCUUUCCUCAUGGAAUCCACCAUGCUGGAUUAUAUCGUGCAAAGGGAUUGCAAUCUCACUCAGAUCGGUGGACUUUUGGACAGCAAGGGAUACGGAAUCGCCACGCCAAUGGGUACGCGGCGAUAUUCUCUUUAUCGAAUAAUUUCGUUUUCCGUUGCUUCGCGAUUAACGCGUUAUAUUGUAUUCGUAGGUUCUCCUUGGCGCGACAAGAUAUCUCUGGCAAUUUUGGAGCUGCAGGAAAAGGGCGAGAUUCAAAUGCUGUAUGAUAAAUGGUGGAAGAGUCCUGGUGACACCUGCAUGAGAACCGAGAAAGGGAAAGAAAGCAAGGCGAAUUCUUUGGGAGUGGAUAACAUAGGUGGAGUGUUCGUCGUGCUGUUGUGCGGUUUAGCUUUCGCCGUGCUGAUCGCGAUAUUCGAGUUUUGCUACAAUUCGAGGAGAAAUACGCCGGCGGAACGGAGAGCUCCCGCAUCGACGCCGGUCUGCUCGGAAUCCUUGCAAGGGAUCUCGCAGUCCGUGCAGCAACAACAAACGCAGCAGCAGCAGCAGCAGCAACAACAAGAGUCUCUGUGUUCGGAAAUGGCACGAGAAUUGUGUCGCGCUUUGCGUUGCCACGCGUCCUCGAGGCGGCGGCGCGGCUGCGAGAAAUGCUCGACCCACGUGCUCGGCUAUCCCCAGGAUAACCCCACUGCCACCGCUUUCAACGGGAUGAGAUCCCAGGUAAGCCCUUCCCUGCAGAGUAACCGAGUAUCCUCUCGAAUUCCGCUCCUCGUAACUUCGUCAACUUCGACAUUACCAAACUACUCCCUCUCUCUCUCUCUCUCUCGUCCCGUGUCGUUGCUAAAUAACGAAAAACGAAUCAGGUAUUCCCGACGAACCGUUUCAAACACGAAUGUCGACAUUGCUCCGAUAAAGGCUGAAACGUUGAUACGAUCGAAAAAUGCCCUAUUGAAAACUAUCUGUUUCGAUUGCAGAGAAGCAGUCUGGGUGUUCCCACGGUCGAAUUGCCGCCACACAUCCACAUGCAUCGUCACACACCGCCACCACAGUCUCGCGACUACGAAGGAAAUUAGUCACUAUUUUCUGCACACCUCCGUGAUCAGCCAAGUAGGAUCGAGGAAUCGAGAAAAAAAAGAAAAGAGAGAAAAUGAGAAGAACCGAGAAGCAAGUACAAAACGCAUCAAGUGGCACCGAACAAACGGAUCGCUGUUCGAGUUCGUUCCUCUACCGUUGUUUUUCUAGAUAUCGCAGUAGGCGCGUCGUCGAACGAACGUUGCACAAUUUGUUCGCGGUGUCGAUUUCUUAGCCGUUUCGACGAGGUCACGAUUUUACCACCGUAGAGACUGCACCCACGAUUGUUCGCACACCGGUUGGCUAACGAGCAUUGCCAUAACCGAACCAGACAUAUUCUGUCUGGCUUUGAAACGCGUUUAGAUUAGCCGAGUAACACAGGCGAACAGCCAGUUAAAUAGCAGCACGCGACGAAAGGCGACGAAGGUGAAAAGGGUCAGAUUAAUCGAAGAGGCGCGAACUGUUUCCUACCUAGUUACGCCGAUGGCAACGACGCAACGGGAUGAUCGAUCAGCGAAAAAGAAUUUUUCCAGCGGGAAACCUUCUCCUCGACCUUCGUCUCUGCGUCGCAAUUUCUCACUUCUGUCGCGUAAAAAUAUUCUGUCGAGAUAUUUGUUACAGGGGCAAACACCGGCCCGAGAAAAUCGUCUUUCGACCGACCUACCGACCGACCUGCCGACCGUCGACGCGAUUAGUCUCCGUUAAUCGACCUUAUCGAGGACGCUGUAGGUAGAGAACGACCACGUGAGUAGAACGGCGCGUCUCCUCUAAAAGAAAUUGGACCGUUGAAGAGGCUGGUUCGAGCGUCGAUUAGCUUCGUUUAUUUUCCGUGUUCCGAUCGAUCGCGAAAAAUUAUUCGUCCAAUUGUAAAUCGUAGAAGAAUCAGGUUUUUCCGAGGUUCUUCUACCCAUCAUCCUCCGUGGACCAACAAGACUGGAUGACGGCAAUAUACGCGAAGCGGUCUUCUUCUGUUUUUCUUUUCUCUUUUUCUUUUAUUAUUUGUAAAUAUAUUAUAUCGGCGGCACGCGACAACGUAGUCGAUCCUAUUCGGAAAUAAUUUAACAUAAUACGACGAGACAAGCGAGUCGAAUUGUUUAGCGUAACACGAGUACAACAAAGUAGACGUUUGGUGUCGUUUCACGUGUGUAUGCAGAUAGACGGUGAAUAAAUGUAAAACGAGAAGAUGGAUACGAUCGUUGUUUCAAUUAAUUCCAUCCUCCGAAAAAAGUUCGAUGCCGACGUUGUCGACUUUCGCGAAAGCAUCGAUGGAAACAAGGAAUCCGAGCUGUCUCGGGAUAAGAAAUUGAUCAGGAUUUUUUAUAUAACAUCAUUUAUUAAGGGAUAAAAUAAAUGACAAAUAACAUAUCACUUAUAUGAAACUAUAACAUUUCUUAGAGUGUUCAUCAUUCGUUAUGAUAUAAAAGAAAUCACAUCACAUACGACCCUCCACGUAAACGCGUCACGCUGGUAGCAGCUCGAAUCGCUCUGCGCGAAACGAAGAAAAGAUACGAGUAUAUCCUGUUGUACCCGAACAAUUCCACGACGAAUCUCGAAACGAUCCGAGAUCGAGGCGUCUCGCCACGGUCCAUGAUAAGAUUAGGCGUUGACCGCGUCGCUUAAUCGAAUCAACGUGACCGCGAUGUUCCGGGCGUAGUCGCGAACGGAAUUAUUCGGGUUUCGAAACGAAAGGGUCUCUGACUAGGCGGGGUGACGCUGGAAACACGCGAGACGAGCUAAAGCAGCAGAGGGAGAGAAAAGCAGGGAUAAACGGACGAAACAAGGUGAACCGCGAAUUCGAGCUGUUACCAGCGCGUCCGCGGCAUCUGACACGACGAUACGAUACAAUAAUAUAAUCGACUGAAUCCAUUUGGAAGGGCCUAGUCAAAUCACUUGUAAUUAUCACACGAUCAUACUCGACGCGCUGGCGUGUAAACAUUCGUUCGUUUCUUUUCCGCAACACGUUUUCUUUCUCUGGCUCUCUCGGAGGUGGCUCGAGCUCGCGGCGCGAACACGCGCGCUUCUUCGUCGAGAACAACGUUCAACCUUUUUCCGUUUUCGUACAAUGUACACGUGAAAAUCCGUCGAUCUAUCAUCGAAAUUAAAAUUACGUUAAAAGAACAAGGUGACAAGAGAUACGCGUACAACUAUUUCGUAAAACAAACGUCCGGUUGGAGUUUUCGUCGUUCCGACAUCCAACAACCGACAACGAUUUUCUCGUCCCACGGAUCUCGUCCACCUCCACGAUUGUUCAAGGCGACCGAAAUCCUGACGCGAUCUCGUCGAACGUUACGCGCGUCAAAAUAGCCGAGCAACCAGCGGUUCGAGCAUCGAAUGUUCGCUGCUCGAUUUCUCGUUUAAAAAGAAAGAAAAAAAAGAACAAUUAAUAAUAAAUAAAAAGUAGAAACGUUAUAAAUUUCGCCUUGUUCUCGCGAGAUUCGUUCCCGCGCCAGGAUAACCGGUCGAAGCGAAGAAAAAGAAAAAAACGAUCAAGAUCCUCCUCUCCUCGUUCGUCUUUCUUUCGCUCUCUCUUUUCCUCUCUUUUCCUCUCUUUUCCUCUCUUUUCCUCUCUUUUCCUCUGUAACCUAUAAAAACGAAAGGAAAAACGUUUCUUUAUCCCUCCCUUCCGACUACGACGAUGCUUAUUAAUUUUAUGAGAUCAGCCCGGGCACAACAGAGCACGUGCCACGAACACGUUUCACCACCGAUCAUUUCCCAAAAGAAAAAAUCAAUCUGUUCUCCGCCCUUCGGGAUCGAGUUCAGCGAUCGUUCGCUCGCACGCGAUACGUGCAAAAUCGGCCAAGAGAAAGGAGAAAAAGAGUGAACAGACAGAGAGAAGAAAUAAGCGACGUACAAGAUCCGCUGAUCGAUCUUUUUUACAUCUCUUUCUUUCUUUCGCGUUUCUUGGAUCCUUUUGAUCAUUUCAGUGAGACGACGACGACGACGACGACGACGACGAAGGUACAAGAGUAUCUAUCGCUCGGUUAUUCGAUUCUCGAGCAGGAACAAUUUCCUCUACAGGUGAGAUAUAUAUUAUAUAGGUAUAUUUACCAGCGUAUAAAAAUGGGCGACGCGAAAGUUGAGCCUCGAUAGCGAAAAAGUCUCUUUGGUCGGGGUUCCGCUCGCUUCUCUUAACCGUUUACGCGGCCGCUUCACGAAUCUACGCGUUAAAAAUGUUCGACGAUAUUACGGGUAAACAACUCAGAGUUUCCGAUCCGAUCCGAUACGACACGAUACGAUCGAUCACUCGAAAGAAAAUGAAACGAUAGAACGCGUUCCGUUAAGUUAUAACGCUUAAACGUCGCGAGCUUCGUCGUCCUUAAGAUUAUAUAGAAAAUAAAAAACAAAAUUACUCGUUUGGACGAAUAAAAAUUCUCUGUGGAAGUGGCUCUGUAAACGGUUAAUCUUUGCUCGCGCGUACAUCGCGAUUAUCUAAUCGGCUGAGGAAGAACGAACAGAAUCGAGACGCGUAAAGACACGCGAGAUGAUAGAAAAGAAAAAGAAAAAGAAAGAGAGAGAAAGAGAAAGAGAGGGAGAGAGAGAGAAAGAGUAGAAGCUUAUAAAUUUGGUAAAAAGUGAAAGUGUAGAUAACGGAAUACUGUCGUCCGUGCAACUGACCACCGUCUUCGUAUUCUUCGUUCGUUAUCUCGCUCGAUUUGUCCUCUAUUACGAUACACGAACUGUGAAAUUGUCCGUAAACGGAUGUGCCAGAUCCGUUCCCGGAUCUCGACGCUCGAUGAGCGACGAACGAAGAAGGAAGAACGGAGAACGGAAAUGGUUAUAAAAUUGAUCGCGCGAGAGCGAGCGACGAUCGCGAAACUCGCCCUCUCUAAAACUCUCCAAGUGAUAUGUAGGGACAUCGUUUACGAGGCAAACGCGUCGCUAUUGGUCGAAAAGUCGUUGGUGUGCUUAUCGGCUGGUUAUCUACGCGUUUAUGACUCGUCGACGAACGCUCGCCGUGUCUCUCCAUCUCGAGUCUCUCGUAAAUUUGCGAUCGAGAACACGGAAAAACGUUCGCGAAUACACGAUAAUUCCAGAGCGCAAAUACACGGUUACAUAAUAAAGAGACACCGUAAUUACAAACGCUAUACGUACGCCUAUAUGUUUCGUGUUUUCCCGGUGUCGUUUGCUUUCACCCCGUACGUAUCCUUAACGUAUCCUUAACGUAUCCUUAACGUAUUCUUAACGUAUUCUUAACGUAGCACGCGUUCUUCUCUCUUUUCGUAAUAAACGUAUAUAUAUACGCAUCGUAUGUAACCGCAUACGUAUUUAUCUAAUACGUAUAUAUGUAUAUAUAAUAUCCGACAUAUAAUCAGGCCAGCUUUCAUCUACGCUUCCCAUACCGAUGCGUGCGCGCGUUAUACAUGCUACUGUAUAAUAUGCGAUCACAGACACGCGUAAUUCGCGGUAUAUUUCUCUUCUCUCUACCUCCGUUACUUAUUUUUCUCCCUGUACCACGCGUAAUCUGUACCUUAAACGACUUAACAUGGAUUUGAUUUAUUUUUAGACAGCCUCUCUCGGUCCUCCACGCGCGUUAGAAACAUAACUCUUCCGUUUAUCAACCGUCUUUUUUUUCGUCUCUGUUCUUUUUGGUCGUCGGAAGGAAAGAACGAACGAGCUUUCUUCCGUCGGCCUUCCGUUCCGAUAGUAAACGGUAAACAACGUUACGCACAAAGGCAUGAAAAAUUCGUUGAUAAACGUCUCGCAAAAAACCGCUUCUUCUUUUCGUAACUCGUCCGUUUGAACCUUGCCAGUUUUCCUACUCCCGUGUUGUUACGCACUCGUACCCGUAAUAAUAUCGAUAAUUCUGCUCGUAAGCUCGUUGAACAUCUCCGAUCACCGGACAUACCGGUGACGGCCAACCGUGCUGUUCCGACGCGCACCACCCGUGCUACCGAUUUCCAAAUUUACAAAUUCUUCGAUUGGCAAAUUUCGGAAUUUCGAACGUUUCGACGCGCGAACGCGCUUGUAAAUUCGCGAAUAUAGGAAUACGAGAUUGGUAAAUUCGAAGAUUCGCUGCGCGUAUCGUGCGCGCCGGAGUCCGUUCGACGAGCACACCCAGUCUGUCCAUCAGCGGAAUGCGCGGGCAGAAAUAUGGCCGCGCGGGUACAACGAUCGACGAGAUCGAUUCUCGCUCGAACAAACUUGUUAAUCGUCGAUAAAGCUUCGCGAUCGAACGAGAAAAUAAACACAGCCGACGAGCAUUGCUUGUCUCUGCGCGCGCGCGCGGACUUUGCACGCGCGCAGAUCGUCCUACGAUCUAAACGCUUUGUUUUUCGAUCAUCUGUACGCUCGAAUACGACGGAAUCUUUUCCCCUCUUGCGAUCGCUCUCUCUCCCACAACCUCACACCCCCUCAUUCUCUCUCUUUCUCUCUCUUCCUCUCUCUUCCUCUCUCUUCCUCUCUCUUUCUCUCUCUUUCUCUCGUUAUAUCGUUUAUUAGGUUAGCAACUAGAUUCGAAACGUAUCUUCACCGAUAUCGUUCGGAAUUCUACCGUUAGCCAAAUUGGAAAUAUUCGCAUUGCAUAGUCGAAGUUGUCGAUAAUGCGGGUAUCGAUAUACGUAUUUCAAAUAAAAGGAAUAUUCGUUAAAAGCGGGUAAUAUUUGUUAAUACCGCAGAACGCGAUCUCGAGCAACUCGUGGAAUAUUUUCCGUGUAAAUACGAAUGAAAAAUUCGAUAACGGACCAACUGUUCGAUUCGUCGAAGAUAGAAUUCGAGCGAUUUCGAAAAGAAUUUAGUUGCCAACCCGAUAAUUUUCGGGCGAUGCGAUAGUCAUCGAAA